AUGACGUCGAGCUCCGACGAGGGAGAGAUCGUCGAGCAUGAUGCUGGAGACUUGAAGGCAACUUCACUGCCGAAGAAGCUUGACGGAAACGGUGUUGACCGCCCAGACAGAACCCGAGAUAGAUACGCGGCAUCGCGCUCUCCCGAAUACGACAGCCCGCGGCGAGGCCCGUCACGACGCAGCCCCUCGCCUCGCGGCUUCAAGCGGACGCGCGACGACCACGACUACGGAGGCAGGGCGCGAGACCAUACCCGUCGCUUCCGCGUGCACUACGAAGACCACGAUCGCGACAAUGCGCGGUCCUCGCGCAUCUCAUACGACGACAGGGACCGGUCGCCCUCGCGUGCCUCCAACCACAGCUACGAUGGGCGCAACGGAGAUCACGGCCGCGAGUCCGGUCGCCCGCGCGGGCAGGAUCAGGACCGUUACCCCGACAAGAGGCCCCGACAACGCAGUCGCUCACCCUACCGAGGCUCCCGCGGCUCCGGGCGAGACGAUAGAUACAGGAGAGAUGAUCAGGGUCCUACUCGCGGCGGUGACGUCUCACGAUCAGCACAGCAGCAUGAUCAGAACCAGCGUGACUUCAGAAAUGGACUCUCGUCGUUCAAACGGGCCUCAGUAGGAGAUGAUCCACGUGCUCCCAAAGAAGUUGCUAAACCUCUCAAAGAACAUGCAAACGGCGAGGCAAACGGCAAAGAGCCCCCUCAGGAUGACCUUCAGGAUUUUGAAGAGCCGGCAGUCAUCGACGAGGAAGCCGAGAUUGAGCGCCGACGCAAGCGUCGUGCUGAGCUCCUGGCCAAGUCCAGUUCCGCAACACCUCUCCUGGUUCAUGCCGUGCAUGCUGCUGAUCGCUCGACCAUUUCUUCUCCAGCGUACACUCGACAGGGCACACCGUCACGAACGGAUGUCGAUACCCCAUUAUCAGACAUGGGUUCACCGAGCUCCAACGCUCCCCAGGAUGUCCGAUCACCAGCUCUUGACAUAUUGACCGAAACGGAUCUCAUCAACCGACAUGCGGUCAAUGACUUGGACGACGAUGGUCCAUCGGCUGCUGAUUACGAUCCGACUGCUGACAUGCAAGAGGAUGGAAAACGCGAUGAGUUGCGGCAUGGUAACGUCGGUCUGCACGGCGAGGCCCUUGCGGAAACACAGGCCGACAUCACAGAACCUGAGCCUACACAGGCAAAAGACACAAAUGGCGAUGGUGAUGAUGAUGACGAUGACUUUGACAUGUUUGCCGACGAUUUUGACGAGGAAAAAUAUGCCGCCCCGAAGCAGUCAGAGGCCAUGGUGGUGAACCAAGACAAGGGAACACCAGGCCAAGGUCAACCAGUGGGUGGCAUUCUCGACGGUGACGAUAAGGAAGGAUACUACAAGAUCCGAAUUGGCGAGGUUAUGAACGGUCGGUAUCAAGUUCAGUCUAUGCUCGGCAAGGGCAUGUUCUCAGGCGUGGCGCGCGCUGUUGACAUUACAACGAAGAAGCUCGUUGCCAUCAAGAUCAUGCGCAACAAUGAUGCACUGCGCAAGGGCGGCUUUACUGAGAUCUCCAUCCUUCAGAAGCUCAAUGAUGCUGAUCCCGAAAACCGAAAGCAUAUUGUCAAGUUUGAGCGACAUUUCGACUUCAACGGCCAUCUUUGCAUGGCUUUUGAGAACCUCAGUCUCAAUUUGCGAGAAGUGCUGCGCAAGUUUGGUAACAACGUUGGCAUUAACCUGGGCGCGACCAGGGCGUACGCGCACCAGAUCUUUGUGGGACUGGCUCACAUGCGCAAAUGCACCAUCAUCCACGCCGAUCUGAAGCCUGACAAUAUCUUGGUCAACGAGAAUCGAAAUGUGCUCAAGAUCUGUGAUCUGGGAACGGGUGUUGAUCGGUCAGACGCUGCCACGGCGCACAACGAGAUCACGCCGUACCUCGUCAGUCGCUUCUACCGCGCUCCCGAGGUCAUUCUUGGAAUGCCGUACGAUUACGCCAUCGACAUGUGGUCCAUUGGUUGCACUCUCUAUGAGCUCUACACUGGCAAGAUUUUGUUCACGGGUGACAGUAACAACCAGAUGCUCAAGGCCAUCAUGGAAGUACGUGGCAAGAUCACGCCAAAGCUCUACAAGCGAGGUCAGCUCUCAGCGAUGCAUUUCGACGAUUUAGGCAACUUCAUCAGCGUUGAGCAUGACAAGGUGCUCGGCAAGAAGAUGACUCUCGCGCUGUCUGAAAUGGAAAUAUUGAAGAGCACCAUGCUGACACUCCUUGUCCUACAGACUGCCGUCAGAACCCUGUCGAUCGUGAAGCCCACUCGCGACCUGCGUACGCGCCUCACAACCGCAGCGGCGGGGAUGAGCGAUGCCGAGACCAGGGAUCUCAACCAAUUUAUCGACCUGCUCGAACACUGCCUAGCGCUGAACCCGGAGAAGCGGAUCAAGCCCUUGGACGCCCUGAAGCACCCCUUCUUCACGGCGAGACUCCCCCCUGCGAAGCGGUAG